UCUGUCUUUCUGGUCUUUGACUCUUCUCCUCUGUCUUUCUGGUCUUUGACUCUUCUCCUCUCUGUUUCUGGUCUUUGACUCUUCUCCUCUAAAACCCUAUAUGUGUCUCUCGGCAUUCUUCUCCCUCUUUCCCUCUCCUAUCCUUCUUUCUAUUUCUGCAUGUUGGUUAUACUACUCUACCCCUGUCACUAUCACUACUCUCGUCCUCCUCUUUGUCUCCUCCCAUUUCUUCCAUGCAUGUGUACGUCUUUCUCUCCUUCUCUCUUGUUCCCACUCUCUUCCUCUCUCCUGCUCCUUCUUUCCCCAUCCCUCUCUCCUCCUAUUUUUCUCCUUCAGCAUGGAUGUUCAGACUUUUCAUGGGAAGGAAUCAAUCUGUCUAUGGAAGACACCACGUCCAUCCUGCCUCGUCUGAAGAGGAACAACUCCAAUAACUAUGGGAUCGGUGCUCUGGCUAAGUCCUCACUGACAGGUGUGUCAGGUGUGAAUCGCUCCAUGAAGGACAAGGUGACCAAGCCUACAUCCAUGGCCCAAGGCCGGAUGGCACACAUGAUCGAGUGGCAGAACUGGGACAUGUCUGUGGUGGGCCCGGGGGGCGUGUCCGUCCCACGCAAGUCCACGGCAGAGCAGGAGAUGGAGAGACGGUUGGAGAGUGACGCCUACAGCGACCUCAGCGAUGGGGAGAAAGAGGCUCGCUUUGCCGCAGGUAUCCUGCAGCAGUUUGCCAUCUCCCAGGCAACGCUCAUGGCCUGGACCUCCAUGGAUGGAGAGAGCCUGAGGUCAGGGUCCAACCAGGGCAGUGUGGCCCACCUCAGCGAGGUUAACCAGGAGAGCAUCACCAGCCGAGACCAGAUAUUGCACCACUCCUCUGCGGACAUGUGGCCCAACACCUAUGUCGCCCAGGGCCUCUACUGCCUCUCCUCCUCUGACGCCUGGGAGCCAAUCAGCAACGAGCCCUCCGGAGUGGCCUCUCCCGCUGCUGGCUCCUACGUGAUGCAGCAGGGCGGGACUUCCUGUGAUGGGUAUGAUGGGAACGCGUUGCAGCAGCAGCAGCAGCAGCAGCAGUUCAACCUACAGCAGCAGAGUCAGCUCCAGCAGCUGCAGCAGCUACAACAGAUACAGCACUACCAGCAACAGCAGCUCCUGUAUCAGCAACAACAGUCUCUGGAGCAAAGGCUGCACAGCGCCAACCACUCGUUGCAAGCCACGCCCAACAGCACCAUCCACAGCCUGGCCCCUGCUACCCACGCCCCAUUGGUGGACCUGUGGGGGGCGGGUCAGACAGAGUCCUAUCAAGCGGAUAUUGGAGGGUACAACAUAGGCGUGGCAGCGGUGGUGGAGGCGGCUUUGAAUGUUCCGUCUGGGGAUGAGGGGGCGGGGACAGACCAUUCCCAUCUGCUGGAGCAGCAGGAGGAGGAAGAUGAACUGAAGGACGAGGAGGUGACACUUUGCAUGGAGCCGGAGUCUGCCACUCUAACACAGAGAGAUGAAGCCAUCACCUCCGGGGGCAGUAGUCCUGGGCAACGUAGUCCGGGGCGCAGUAGUCCGGGGCAACCACCAGCACAGCAAAUCACAGAGCGGAAGGUCUCUGAUGUCAGCUGUGGAGCCAUCCAGAUGCUGGAGGAGAAGGAAGAGAAGCAGGGGUCCACUGUUGCUGCCAUGGCAACCAACUGAUUGACAGACUGACCCUCGGCGUCAGGAAUGACUGAGCCUAAUAAUUAAAUAUUUAUCAAUAAAUAUGUUCCUUUUCAGGUAUCAAACACAUUUUUGAUGGGAUAUAAACUCUUGUGACCACUGAAGAGCAGAGGAGGAAGAUUUGGAAACAGAGUCACGCAGUGACAACAGCUGGUCCAAUGGACAACUUUUUUUUGGAAGCCUUACAUUCCCAGAGAGAAGGAGGAGG